AUGAAAGCGUGGACGGCGCACGACCCAGAUACAACACUGUCAUGUUGCAGAACGCUACACGUAAAACAUGCUGCAUAUGCAAGUGCAUUAUACACAUUGAACAUAUCCAUAUUGGUGGUACUAUUGUACAGCUGGAGAAUUGGCGUCAACGCGAAAAGAUAUAAAGAACUUGACGACGUAUACUACGGUGUACAGAUAGCAUAUUUUGCGAUAAUAGGAACACAAAUGUUUAUGAUCGUCCUCAGUAUAUUUCUUUUCUACGGAAUCUACAAGGAGAAUGUAGCCUUUCUUGUGCCUUGGGUAGUUGGCUGCAUGACGUUUAUGGCGUUAGAGGCAAUGGCUAUGGUAUAUUCUAACAUACUUCGAGAUCACGUCAAUAAGCAAUUCGACGCCAUGUGUAAAGCAGAGAUAUCAUUUUUAAUGCCAAGAAUACUUUUGAAUUGUCUAUGCAUAUGGUGUGUUCUGCGGCUGUAUCAUCUUUUGAGAGCUGGAGUCACGUGGAAGGGUUCAGCGGCGAUAGAACUGUGA